AUGGAAGAUUCAAAUUAUUUUUUAAAAACCAUCGAACUCGAUGACGGUUAUUCGAUGAACAAUUUACCGACGAGAGAAGAAGAAAUGGUUGUUAAUAUGGAAGAAUACGAAUCGAUUUCUUACAGGAAAAUCCAAGAUGAAACUUCCGGUGAAAAGUUGAGAGAAGAUGUGAGCGAUGAAGUGAGUUCUAUUUUGGGAAACGUGGAAGCAGAUGAUUUUUUUUCUUCUUUAGAAUUGCAAAGCAGUUCUAAAAUCACGUCCGGUGUGAUCGGUUUAAAUUUUCAAAAUAAAUUUUCCUCGGGGAUCGUGACGAGGAGUCGGACAUUUUUCGCACCGAAUAACGACUCGCUAAAAUCUCUGACGGAUCCUAAAUCGAUACUUUCGAAAAUGAAAAAAAAAAUCAAUAAUAAUAAUAAUAAAUCCAUUUUAAAAAUGAAAAAAAAUGACGAAAGUGUCAAAAGAGGAAAAUGUAAUAAAAUUCGUAGUAGAACGAGUUCAAAGGGUAAAAGGAAAAAAAAUCCGAAUAAGAAAAAAUUUAAUUUUGAUGUAAAAAACGUAAAUUUUGGAGAUGGUAAGAAACAACAAAACCAGCAGCAACAGCAACAGCAGCAAUUAAACGUCAAAGUAUUCGAUGACGUAAUUGAUAAAACAAAAGAUGACGUCGAUUGGAUUUUAUUUCAAAAUAUAAAUACUAAAAAAGAAUGCGAUGAUAAAUUAUUCGAAAAUAAACAAAUUUUAAAUCAGGAUUUACAAAAUAAUAGUGGCAGCAGAAGAUUCACACCGGAAUUAUUUUCAAUGAGUCCGAUUCUUUUGAGCGAUGUCAUACCGGAAGAAAAAGACGAUUUACUCGAAGUCGACGACUACGACGAAAAUUUUUUAGACGAUAUGGAUGAAUAUAAUAGCGUGCCACCGAGAUCUCACACGGGUGGAAAAUGGAAACCCGGAAGUAUGAAUGGAACGUCUCCAAUCACGUUUUGGCAAUCGCAAAAUUGGGAAAGUUUACUCGAUGAUAAAAAUCAAAACGAUUAUUGUAAAUCACGACCUGACACGCUCAGUUAUUUCACGACGGAAAAUAAAGAUGCCAAGUAUUCUUUCGCGAUUCCUUCCGGUGGAAAAUGGAAACCACCCGUGCCACCAUCGUCCCACACGGGAGGAAAAUGGAAACCUUCGGCACCACCUACAACUCACACGGGUGGUAAAUGGAAACCUUCGGAGGUCCCGCAAAAGGUGAAAAAAUCCGAACAAGAUAUAAUAGAAGAGAAUAUUUGGAAAUGCGACAAUCAACAAUCGAAUUCCGGUCUGGAUUUAAACGAAGACAAAUGGGAAACAAACGAAUAUUUUGAAAAUGAAUCCCUGUCGCCGAAAGGUGAUCUUCAAGUGCCAACGUUUGGUCACGCACUCGGAAAGUGGACACCCGAAUCCCGGAAAAAUUCUCUUAACAAAUCAACACUCGACAUUGUCGCCAACUGUCAAAGCACUUCCGGUAAAUGUUUGAAAACAUCGGGGGGAACGAUACAAUAUUACUGCUCGCCGUGCAACAGGAGGCUGUCGUCUAAAAAAUUAUUUAAAAAACACGUACAAUCCGAAUUACAUUUCAAAAGAGUUCUUCAAGAAAACGAUUUGGAAUACGAUUCGCGAUCGUUGAAAUUAUUUCGCGGGAUUUUCAUCGAAGCGAAUCGUAAAGAAAGAGGAUUGGGUAAAAGAAAAAUAAAAAAACCUAAACUCUACGACGACGAAAUCAACGAAAAAGAAAAUUUCAAAAAUGAAAUCAAAACGAAAAUGAUGAAAAAGAAAAAAAAAAUAACGAGAAAAGAAUUGAUACGAUGCGAAGUUUGCAAAAUCAAAAUUCCAGGUUAUCAAUUGGGAAAACAUCUCGUGUCCUACUAUCACCACAGGAGAACACAAUUGAACGAUCCGGAACAAAGGAAGUUGAUACUGGACAACAUACACAUGAUCGUUAAACAGGCACCUUAUCAGUGUGGCAUGUGUAAGUAUUAUUGCAACACGCGAUCAUCGUUUAAAAACCAUUGGAUUCUUCCAGUUCACAAAGAUAUGGAAGAUGGUGACCACAGGUUUUGGUGCGCUUUUUGCACUUUCGAAUGCGAGACGUCGCGAUCAAUGGAACUACACUUGGAUAGCAAUUCUCACAGGGAAGUUAUAUUCGCCGUCAAUAAAUCGAUACCGAUAAUAAUAAGACGAAAGGUUAUAAUCAGGUGCGAUAAUUGUCCGAAAGAAUUUCGAUAUAAUCGCGAACUCGAACGUCACAAGAAAAUUCAUCGAGACGAUUCGAAAAAUAAAAAUUCUAGAAAGUUCGAAUGCACUCUGUGCGAAAACGUUUGCAAAAGUAUGAAAUCACUUCAGAGGCACAUAAUUAACUAUCACAAAGACGAUAUAAAAAUCCCAUAUUUUUGCAGCGUUUGUGAUGAAUUUUUUCAAACCGUUCAACAAGCUAAAAAUCACAGGAACGGUCAGUCGCACAAAUACAAAAAAUCCCAAAUGGAAAAAACGGGGAAAAAGGGGAGCGACAAAGGUUUGUCGAGAACCUGUCAAUACUGCGAUAAGGUAUUGGAUGAUGUGGAAAAGUUAAAACGUCACCUACACGACGAACACAAAUCCUUUUUACCCAAAUGCAUCAAAUGUGGAAUGACCUUUGCCCUAUCGCAAGAACUUUCGCGACACACGAAAAACAAAGAAUGUUCUUUUUCUAAACAAAAAAAAAUUCAAUUUUCCUCAUUCGAAUCAUCUUUCAAAUGUAAAUCCUGUCCAUUCGUGACGGAUUCUAAAUCCGAAUUUCUCCUUCACACGUCUCUACACGAAUUCGAAAAGGGAAAUAAAUCUAAUGACACGAACGAAACAAUCGGAAAAAUAUCGUGUCCGAUAUGCGGUUUAAAAUUCACACAAUCCGUAUUGAGCGUUCAUUUAAAAACUCAUUUGAAAGAAAAAACUUACGAGUGUUCGAUGUGUUCGUGUAAAUACGUUAGAAAGGAUAGAUUUGUCGCACAUUUGAAAUCGAAACAUUUUAUUAAAUUAAAAUCCGAAGAAACGGAAACGAAUUCAAAUAAUGAAGAAAGAAGAAUGCGAAGCGGAGGGAGUGAAGAAAAUAAAGAAGGAGAAAAAAGUAACGAAAAGGAAAAUAAUAAAACGGAAAUGGAAUCGAUACGGAAAAUUUUAGGAGAAAAAAGGUAA